AUGGCAACAGCAAACAGCAUGCAGAGUGUGGAUUACGUCAGGAGAGAAGCAGCAGGGGGUUCUGCCGACAGUGUUCUCACCUGGCAAGGAGACAGACGUGAGGAGUCUGGGGAGGAGUCCAGUAGGAGAAACAAAGGUGUGAGAGUGUACAGGUGUGAGGAGUGCAGCAAACAGUUCAGUCAUCUGAGUCAGUUGAAGACUCACAUGCGGACUCACACAGGGGAGAAACCAUACAGGUGUGAGGAGUGCAGCAGGCAGUUCAGUCGGCUGAGUCAUCUGAAGAGGCACAUGCAUAAUCACACCGGGGAGAAACCUUACAAGUGUGAGAAGUGUAGCAGGCAGUUCAGUGUGCUGAGUAAUCUAAAGACUCACAUGCGGACUCACACAGGGGAGAAACCCUACAGGUGUGAGGAGUGCAGCAGGCAGUUCAAUGUGCUAAGUAAUCUGAAGAGACACAUGCGGACUCACACAGGUGAGAAACCCUAUAGGUGUGAGGAGUGUACCAGACAGUUCAGACAGCUGGGUGAUCUAAAGGCCCACAUGCGGACUCACACCGGAGAGAAACCUUACAGUUGUGAGGAGUGCACCAGGCAGUUCAGUCAGCUGGGUGAUCUGAAGAAGCACCUGCAGACUCACACAGGUGAGAAACCAUACAGGUGUGAGGAGUGCAGCAGGCAGUUCGGUCAGCUGAGUCAUCUGAAGUCUCACAUGCAGACUCACACAGGGGAGAAA